CAAAACUUUAAUGUUAAAACCGGGAAAAGGCUCCAACUUGCAUUUGCCGCCCCAACUUCUAUUUCCUCUGUCGCUGGUUGCCUGGUAUUCCACAUCCAAAAACAGAGUAUGGCAAGCCAGAUCGGAUCUCGUGGCUCCGAUUUCGACCGGAAAGCUGCACUGAAGGCCUUCGACGACACAAAAAUCGGCGUCAAGGGCCUCGUAGACGCUGGAAUCACGACAGUCCCGCCGAUAUUCCUCCACCCACAACACAUCGCAGCUUCCAUCAAAUCAACUUCAGGGGACGACCCUGUCUCGGAGCUGCCGGCCAUCCCGACCGUUGACUUGCAAGGUAUCGACGGAGACCCAAAUGUACGCCGCCAGGUGAUCGUGCAAGUAAGACACGCCUGCCGGAGAUGUGGGUUUUUCCAGGUCAUCAAUCACGGGAUACCCACAGCCAUUCUGGAUAAGACCAUCGAAGGAGUGAAGAAUUUCCACGAACAAGAUGCUCAAGUGAAGAAAGGGUUCUACUCCAGGGACUUCUUCAACAAGACGUUCACCUACCACUCCAAUUUCGAUUUGUAUCAGUCGCCGGCGGCUAACUGGAGGGACACCAUAGCUUGUGUCAUGGCUCCACGCCCGCCAAACCCUCAACAACUCCCUCAAAUCUGCGGGGAGACGAUGGUUGAUUACUGGAACGAAGUGAUGGGAUUGGCAAGGAAGCUGCUUGAAUUAGUUUCUGAAGCAUUGGGAUUAAACUCUGAUUACCUUAACAAUAUAGGUUGCUUGGAAGGAUUGCUGCUUCUGGGUCAUUACUAUCCGGCUUGUCCUGAACCUGAUUUGACAAUGGGAAGUAGCAGUCAUUCCGACAGCAGCUUUCUUACCGUGCUUCUGCAAGACCAAACUGGUGGUCUUCAGGUCCUUUGUGAUGAUGAUCAGUGGGUUGAUGUGAAGCCCACAAAAAAUGCUCUUGUUAUAAAUCUGGGAGACUUGUUGCAGUUGGUCUCUAAUGAGGAAUUCAAAAGCUCUCAGCACAGAGUAGUUGCCAAAUCAAUUGGCCCCAGGGUUUCAGUGGCCUGUUUCUUGAGACCGCAGCCGCUUCCUGAGAAAUCCUCUAGAGUUUAUGGCCCGCUUAAGGAGCUGAUUUCGGACGGGAAUCCACCGGUUUUCAGGGGAACUACCAUAAAGGAAUUCCUCGAACAUUAUUAUGCAAAAGGGCUUAAUGGGAUCUCUGCCCUGGAGCAUUUCAGACUCUGAGUUCGAGGAAGAAGGCGAAUGCAGUUACAGGAUGAGCAUCCAAUGAACAAUCAUGUGAAUGUUAUAGAAGAAUACAUCUCUCUAUCAGUUCCACAACGGGAUGUUUGGGUAUAGAUGAAGAUCUCUAUUUGUAAAUUGUGAAGUUCUCCGCUCUCUAUGGCCUCUGAUUGUCCGAGUAAAUUGUUUGGGUAGGAAAAAUAAAGGCAUAGUAAACUUUGUAUAUCGUUCGAUGGAUCCUGAAUUGUCAGCUUGCAAAUUAUGGAACUGAGGACUGAAUUACACAAAUAUUAUGCAUGUUCAACCUAGUACUUUUUUUGCUAGGUGUCUGGAACGAGUCCAUCAGAGGGAGUUCGCCGGAGGAAUUGUGCCGGCGGAAGGCAAAGAGGCUGUUGGAAAAGGAGAAUCAGAGAUAGGGAAAAGGGAAAGUAGGGAUAGGAAAAUGUAACUAUCAAUGAGAGCGGUUACGGUGUUUACUAUUUUAGUAGUAAAUCCGUGGUUACUAAAGAUAAAUUGGGU